UAAGUAUUUUUAUAACGAAGGCGACAUUUAAUUGACAUUUGCAUCAUUCUCUGAUCGCAUAAACCCUAAAAUUUCCCGAUUCUAUAUCUAUCUCGCGUUCAAGAGUUCCUUUUCUCUUCGUCAGAAAAUGGCGGAUUCUCCUCGUAAAAGGAAUUCUCAUUCUCCCUCUCCAUGGAGAGAACAGUCAAGGUCCAGAUCUAGACCUAGGUCUAGGUCUAGGUCAAGAUCCCGCUCCUGGUCGAGGCCGAGGCAUAGGUCUCGAUCACGUAGUCCCGGCAGGUCAAGAAGUCGUGGCAGGGCUGAAACUGGAAAUCCUGGCAACACGCUUUAUGUGACUGGUCUAUCUCAAAGGGUCACAGAGAAGGACGUUGAAGAGCACUUCUCCAAGGAGGGGAAGGUGGCAUCAUGUUUUCUGGUCGUUGAACCUCGCACACGCAUAUCUCGUGGCUUUGCUUUUAUUACCAUGGACAGUGUUGAAGAUGCCGACCGCUGCAUCAAGUAUCUCAACCAAUCAGUUUUAGAAGGUCGAUACGUAACUGUGGAGAGGUCACGUAGGAAACGGCCAAGGACUCCAACACCGGGGCAUUAUCUUGGACUGAAAAAUACCAGAGACUAUGGUGGUCGGGGUGACCGUGGCAGGUAUCGUGGUAGUCAUGACGACUAUGCGUAUCGUCGAUCUCCAAGGCACUCACCAUAUCGAGGUCGUGAUUAUUCUCCAAGAUAUUCCCCUCGUGGCGGAAGAUCAAGAAGGGACCGCUCGUAUUCUCCACCUUACUCUCGUGGUUCUAGGUGAAGCGUUUCAGUCGGAAGCAAUCUCUAAGCUUGUUAUGUCUUGUUAGUGUUGAUGUAUUCAAUAGUUUGGAGUUUGGACAGAUCUUCAAUGUUUGCAGCUUUUUUUUUCCCUUUAUCUGUUUAGUACUUGUAUUACGGUGCUCUAUUAAACUUGGCUUAGGC